AUAUGUAUAUACACAUACACACACGCAGAGACACGUGUCUCCUAAUGCAGAAGAGGCGUUGGUUCAUUAACCAGGAGUGCCUCCAGGACGGACCCUCAUCAAGGAAAGUGUGUUUAUGUCACAUAGAAGGUUGGCUGAUGGGAGCACAGGGCUCCUGCCUCUCAUUACAUUAAGUAGAAGAGGCUUCAUAGUAAAGGAUAUACAUGGUCGGUUAAUGCGCAUGGAGCCCCAGUCAGGACUCAUAUCCUUAAAAUGCUCUGAGACAGACGGAUAGACAGCCCCUUGAGUCACACUGAACCCAGAGGCCCAUCUGUCCAGAGAUGGGAAGUGCUGAUAGGGAAUCAGGCCACCUGACCCUGAAAGUGCAUUUUAAAAUGACAUAAGUUGUCACGGUGUGUGGUGAGAUGAGUUGUGUCAGGUUGGGUUGACACCGCAAAGCCCAAACUUGUAGUUACUUAGAGAUUGCUGAGAGACUAGAGACUGGUACUGUGCGCCUGAGGGGAUAAUACAAGGAUUUUCAGCAGAAACUGGACCAAAUGAACUGACAGACCGGUGUGUGUGUGUGUGUGUGUGUGUGUGUGUGUGUGUGUGUGUUGUAUGUUUGAGUGGCAGAACUCAUUAGAAAUGUGAGCAGGUUUUUGCAGAGUUUUAUUUUCUUGGCACUUUCAUCCGAAUGCCUAUCGAGAGAGCAGGAUAACGGGAGUACUGUGAGCAUUUGGCAGGAUCCAUUAAGUGGCACAUUUUAAUGUUUAUGUUUCAUGUUUUCCUUCAGGGGCAGGGAGAGGCUUCAGCACGGGGGACAGCCAUGGAGGGGGACUGUCUCAGCUGCAUCAAGUACCUCAUGUUUGUCUUCAAUUUCCUCAUCUUUCUGGGAGGCUCUUUCCUCCUGGGAGUGGGCGUGUGGGUACUGGUGGACCCCACAGGGUUCAGGGAAAUUGUAGCAGCCAACCCCCUGCUAUUCACUGGGGUCUACAUCAUCCUGGGCAUGGGAGGCAUGCUCUUCCUUCUGGGCUUCCUUGGCUGCUGUGGAGCCAUCCGCGAAAACAAGUGUCUGCUCCUCUUUUUCUUCAUGCUCAUCCUGCUCAUCUUCUUAGCAGAGCUGGCUGCUGCCAUCCUGGCCUUCAUAUUCCGGGAGCAUCUGACCAGAGAGUACUUCACCAAGGAGCUGAAGAGACAUUAUCAGGGCUACAACAACACUGACGUCUUCACCUCCACAUGGAAUGCCAUCAUGACUACAUUUGACUGCUGUGGGGUGAACAGCCCAGAGGAUUUUAAGGACAGCCUGUUCAGGAUGAUCAACCAAAAUCAUAUGGUGCCAGAAGCCUGCUGCCAGCGUGUCAGUCAGACCGGGGAGUUGGCCUAUAUCAACCAGGAGCAGUGCUUAUUAGGCAAUAUGAUGUUCCGCAAUAACAAGGGCUGUUACUCUGCAGUAGUUGACUAUUUUGAACUGUACAUCUAUGUGGCUGGAGCACUGGCCAUUGUGGUGCUGACCAUUGAGCUCUUUGCCAUGGUCUUUGCGAUGUGUCUCUUCAGGGGAAUCCAAUAGAGCUGCUCCAGUGAACUUCUUUUUUCUUUUUUCUUUUUUCAAAGAAAAAAGGGAAUUCAGGAGAAAAGAACAAAAUGGACACUUGUAAAUUUGUUGAUCUCUUUUUCUAUUGGCUAAUUGGUAGAAAAAACUCUCAAACUCUUGUACUUCACAGCUGGACUUUUGAGGUACUGGGUGGCAAAAAAA